UUUAACAGUCCUAUCCGUAUAAUAUGACUGAAAGCUUCCCUCUGUGUCCUGAAAUCUAGUAACUUGCCUCUUCCGACAAAGCCUGAUGUCAUCCAACUUUAUAUCCAUAAAGCAAUGCGGCCAAAAUGUACAUUUUAAAAAAAAGUUUGGUUUACCCUAUAUCUCAAUCUCCACCUGUCUUUUGGUUCAGGGAUUCUCACGAUGCUGAGAAACUCAUAACCUUUCCAAUAGUCGGGGACAUUUCUCCUGGUUCGCAAACAAAACACGCCAAUCCCCUUACGAUUGUUUUCCUUCUAACAUAUUCCAAGGGGGAGGUCAAGUCGAUUAAGGUGCAUACUAUUGUUCCUGGACUUUUCUAUUUGAAGUUCAGUAGUUAUGUGCGAGCCAUUUUCUGUACUUUUACUGAAUACUAAUGGAUCCAUCUACGAACUGCUUUAGGAAAUGAGGGUUUCUUGCCGAGCACGUAGAGCUGUAGAUGUUUCUGCGCCGUUUCCUUUAAUGGUGACGGUAACUAUGUAACCCCCCCUAAGCCGCGAUUCGCCACCUAAACCGGAAGUGGCUUCAGAGAGGGGCGGGUCUGGAGGAGCGGAGCUGGUACGAUCGGGUCGGACAGGCAGGCGAAGCAGCCGAGGGGGUCGGCCAAUCGUGCUUUAUGGCAUUGCUUCAUGCUCAGAGGUCCAUGCUGUCCGAUCUGUCCAAAAUGUCAGCGGCAAGUCAGGCCGAGAGAAGUGUUCUGGAGGAAGAAUUUAAAUGGCUGCUGAAGGAGGAGGUGCAUGCUGUACUGAAACAGCUGCAAGAUAUUCUGAAGGAAGCAUCGCGGCGUUUUUCAAUGUCCGUGGCCGGUCUGGAGAGCCAACUGAAGCAAGAGAAUUUCAUCCUGGGAAGCUCAACGAUGGACCAGGUGAAAGGAGUCCUCACACUGCAGGGUGACACUCUGACACAAGCUGAUAUCCAUCUAAAAAUGGUGAGGAGCAACCAAGUCUUCCAUUUUGCAUUUCGGGACGACAAGCAGUGGAAAAUGCAGCAGAUUCAGGACGCGAGGAACCACGUCGGGCAGGCCCUGCAGCUCGUCCACAGCCGUGAUGAAAACUACUACUUCAAAAGUGGAGCUGAAGUUAACAAGCUGAUGGACGCCGUAAUGCUGCAGUUAACCAGGGCUCGCAAUCGGCUGACGACCCCCGCCACAAUGACGCUCCCAGAGCUCGCAUGCAGCGGCCUCAUGAAAAUGUUCUCCCCUCCGAUGCCUGGAGACGUGAUGGUGAACUUCUACAUCAACCUCAGCAAGCUGUGUCUCACUGUGUACCAGCUGCAUGUCCUGCAGCCCAACACCACCAAGAAUUUUAAGCCUUCUGGAAGCUCUGUUUUGCAUAACCCAGGGGCGAUGUUCGAGAUCGGCAACACUAAGUUUGAGGUCAGCCACGUGCACACGGUGGAAUGCGUCGUCCCCUGGCUUAACGACACCCUGGUCUUCCUCACCAUCUCCCUGCAGCUCUGCCAGCAGCUGAAAGACAAGCUACUGGAACUACAGACCAUUCUAGCCGCCUCAGCGUCCAACCAGAGGUCGAAGGAGGGCACGGGGUUCCGGGCUCCUGGGUAUCCGGGCGGAUCCCGCUCCCAGCACCAUCCUGCAUUGACCCACACUGUUCCCGUUCCGGCUCAGUUCUCUGCAGGUGCUGGCUUUUGACAGGACCAAUGUUUUCAAGACUCCUGAAGGCUACCUGGUUUUAAAAACACGUAUUUUUGUUAGUUUUAGCACCCUGUACAUAUUCAUUUGCAUGGUGGGUGUUGAGUUCAGUCUCGUCUCCCCUUGGGAAUUUUAUUUUUUCCUAGGCAAUUGAUUGGUAGUUCUGGCAAUGUUUGGGCAAGACGAUUCAAACACUACUUUUUGAUGAAUAACACAUGGUAUGGUAAUACUUCUUGGAUUAGCGUCUGCUUGUGUAUAUAUCCUGACCACAGUUUAGAUCGGCUCCCCAGACCAUCUAAAAGCCAGAAAUGGUUCUCGUGGUAACGCACACGUUUUCCUGAGGAGUGCAUGCAUGACGUAUAACAGCGCCUGAGGGCAAAACAUUAAAUGAGGGACCAAAUAUCAGCGCAGGGGAAAUUUGGCUGAUUGAUAAUCGCCAGUAAUCGAUCGGUGUGGCGUUUCGUGUACAUGUGUAAUAGUCACCGUAUUUAUUUAUUGAACUGAAUAUUUCUGCUUUGUGAUACGCAUGUUGUCUAAUUUGUAAUGGUGAGUUUAACUACAGUUGGAGUUAAGCUAACCUCUCUAUAAAUUUAACUAUAUACUGUGCACUAUAUCAACCAAUACAUAUGUAAUAAAGUGAAUUUUCUAAAACACACAA